AUGUCGCCGAUGGAGGCCAGCCCCAAAACCUCGCACGCCACAGUCGUGGAAAUGGACCAUGCGCAAAGAGAGAAGAGCGGAUCCUUGUCCGGUACUACGAUUACUGCUGUCGCUAGUAGUUCCUCGUCGCCCGUUAUUCCCCCAGGUGCGGAUACGGUGAAAGCGUCCUGUAACAAUCUACACCUGCCCGACCCGGUGCCAGGAGGGUGGCAGAAGCGACACAUUUACAGAUGGAAAUCGCCACUGUUGAUGUUGACGUCUUUUAUCGCUGGCUUGGCAUUCAGCCUCGCGCACUGCAUCUUCUAUCCCCGGCUCAGAGGGAAGAUUGUGGGUGGGCCGGACGCACAGGAGGAGAAGAUAAGAUUCGGUACGGCGUUCGCAUUCCUCGCUCAGAUCACAUUGGCUGCGAGUGUCUGGAUCAGUUACACCCAGUGGCUUUGGCGAACAUUGAAGAGGAAGGAGAUGACGGUUGGUGCUCUGAACGCUGCUUUCGGGGCCGACACUUCGGUGCUGUCGCUCUUAAAUCUCGAGAUGCUGCGAAAGCUACGAGUCGGAUGGGUCAUGGCUGGCUUUGCAUGGACGCUCCUCCUGCCGCCCUUCUUCACACCGGCCACCCUCUUCGUCUAUCCGAGCACGAACAUUGCGGAGGUGAACGCACUGAUGCCCUAUCCGAGCAUCGCGAACAGCAGCGUGGGCCACAAGUACGCUUAUUCACCUCCAGCGCGGCGCGGCACGACCCAGUAUGUGGACGACGUUAGUCGGACGUUUACAGGGCCGCGUACCAUCCUCAGCCUUAUAGCGACGGCUACUGCGUCUCUUGGCGAUAUUCUCCCGAUAAACCUGCCCUACAACCAUUCUACACACUCGAUCAAGUUUUUCGCACCGAUAGUGAAAUGCCUCGACGCCAAUACUUCUGCAGUCCAGCUGAUCGCUCAAUCUUUGCGAGAAGAGAUGUCAGAUGGAGAUGGAAGAAUUAUCGAAACGGACAAUGUUUACUACAGCUUUGUACCUACAUUCAACCAGUCGGGAGACUUUGUACCGGUUUCCACACCCCGGCAACAGUCUUACUGGAAUGCUACCAAUGAGCUGUGGAUGACCUUCCUACGGCCAACUUUGAACGCUUUGGGUGUGGGGGUUAAGGAACGCUACUUCCAAGUCUGCCGUCUGCACAACGCCACCUACAACUUACGCAUCGAUCGAGACCACGGCCUCCAAAACAUCACGGGCUCGUACAGCGUCAACGAAGUAAUUCCUUAUCCCGACGAUAACCGGACCUCGGUGUCCAACAUGGCGCAACACGCAUACUCCGCAUUCAUGGUGGCCUUGGCUGAUCAGCUCGUCGGUAAAUUCUCCUGGUAUGUCAAUACUGCCUUCAACGAGUCGUCGCCUUCGUCAACGCCUUCGGGCGCGGCUCAGUUCGGGGUGCUUGGAUCCCAAAUCAUGCGCACGAGCCUACUGGGGAGUCUAGACCUAGACGCAUUCUUUGACUUGGAUGAGGAAAGACGCCUUUAUAAGACGCCAGAGGGGAACGGAACGUUAAGCGACCAGAGACUGAAAGACAAGAGUAUGGCCAGGAACAGAACCUUGGAUGUCUUGAUCGAGGAGUUGAGCUUUAACAUCAGUAUUGGGCUGAUGUGGAAUCCGCUGCUCACUCAGACUCAAGCGGUCUCCAUUAAUUCAACCCGCUUAGUGAAUCGUUACGACUACAAAUCGCACGGUCUCUUCGUACCCUACGCUCUAGCCAACUUCUUUACUCUAAUUACUGUUCUUGUUAGCCUUUAUUCAUAUAAGCGCGACGGCGUAAUGGCUAACAAGAACUUCCAGGAUAUUGUAUCGGCUGUAGAAGAUCCAAAGGUUUAG